AUGGGAAAUACGAGCAGCAGCAUAAACAAGGACCCAGUCAUUGCCAAGUCGAAUCCAAGCGCUCCAGGUGUUCUAAGACUGUAUAACCUUGAGGACCAUGUCUUUCCGUAUAAAAUCUCGAGGGCCCCAGAGACUUAUCCAAGUGUUCAUUUAGCAGCGUCUCUUGGUGGCUUUGAGAGGCAGGUCUCGAAACAUCUCUCUAUGUCGCCGAGGCUGGAGGAGAUAACAGGGAAAGAAAUGGAUCUAUACCACAAUGUCGUCAAUAAAGAAGAGACAGCUGAGGAAAUACUGACAAGCGGGGAAAGAGUGAGUACCAUACGGCACAACUCCAGGGAGGACCGCAAUCAGAUAUACAUGUGCAGACAGUUUAUUGUGGAGAUAACUGAAGGCAUAGGAGAGGCCAAAGAUCUGAAGAUUCUACAGGCAUGCUGCAAUUACUUGACAAGGCUUCCACCGCAGAUAGGCUACCUGGCAAAUCUUAAGGUUUUAGUGCUUUCAAAAAACAGAAUACAAAAGCUCCCUGACGAAAUCGGCCUGCUCAAGAAUCUCAGAGAGCUCAAUCUGUCCCAAAAUCUGCUAUCCAUGCUCCCAAGAGGGAUUUCGGCCCUAAAGGCUCUCAACGCGCUCCACAUAGAUGGCAACUUAUUUACUGUUCUUCCUCCGGUGAUUGGAAGGCUUUAUGGGCUGAAGUACCUAAAUGUCUCCAACAACAAAAUUCAAAACAUCCCCUUGGAAAUUCUGAAGCUCCCAUUCCUCAUAGAACUGACGGCCACAUCUUGUGACUUUGCCCCCAAAGACACCGUUGAAUGUAUCGGACAUGCUACACUUAAGGAAACAUGCUCGAGACACCUGGUAAGGAACAACCUGAACGUGCGAAGGAGCAUUGACAAGCCUCUUGCAAGGUAUCUCCUGUCCGUACAAGAAUGCUCGUUCUGCGGAGGGCCCCUUUUCGGGCACUACUAUCUCCACAGGAGCAUGCAGACAUUCGACUCGGAAAGGUUUCCGGUCAUCUAUAAGCUAUGUGUCAAGCAUUACACUAGGCAUGAGGACAGGAUAGCAACACUGUUUCUAGGGCCUCUGAAAACCUAUCCUCAGAGACUCAUAAAGUCAAAUAUGCCGUUUGUGGGGGAGCUGUUCAACCAUUUCGGAUAUAGUGACGAGCAGAAAAGAAUACUUGAUCAAGGAUGGAACAAUAGAGAGGCAGAUAUAAUGCCCCUUAUUUGUCUUUCAAAAUAUAUCGACAUGUACGCCGAAGAGAGCUAG